GUCAUUCUCACACUCAGUGGAUACUCUACAGCUUAUUUCUGUGAUGGUAAACAGCAUGCACGUUUACACAAGACACAAAAUUGUUAAUAUAGCGCCAUCUACUGUGUGAAGGAGUGAUCCCAAAGAGAGGGAAAACAGCCAGACGGGACGGAAGGACAUAAGGAGCAAACAGAGAAGAGAACGCGGGUGAAAAUGAAGUGAUCCACUGAUUUAGGCAUGGCUACGUGGAUUCUCAUUGCGUCUCUCCUUGUUGGAGUGUGUUUCAUGUUAUCUAGAGUUUGCAGGUCGAGGACAAGGCGAGAGAAAGAACCUCCACUGGUGAAAGGUUGGCCUUUUCUUGGUGUUAUUUUAGAAUAUGGUAAAAAUCCACUGGGCUUCCUGCAAGCAGCUCAACAAAAGUAUGGAGACAUCUUCACAUGCCAACUUGCAGGGAAGUACUUCACCUUCGUCACAGAUCCUUUCUCCUUUUCCUCUGUGAUGCGCCAGGGGAAAAACCUGGACUUUCACAAAUUCGCCAUGGGUUUCUCUCAGCGGGUGUUUGGUCAUGCUGAUUUUACAUCUCCAGUGUACAGCGAAAGCUACAGAGAAGUGCACGCGAUCUUCAGACAAACGCUGCAAGGUCCAUCUCUUGAGCAACUAACCCAGACCAUGCUUGGUAAUCUGCAGACUGUUUUCCAGCUCAGCCAGCCAAACGAAAAGGUUUGGAAAGAGGAAGGUUUACAGUGCUUCACCACACGCAUCAUGUUUGAGGCUGGAUUCAUCACUCUUUUUGGUAAGAAGUCGGGGCUUCUUCAGCCAGAAGGAAAGGGAGCUGUUGGGACAUGCAUACAGAAGGCGAACCGGGAUUUCUUAGCAUUUGACGGGGCUUUUCCUGCACUGGCCGCCGGAGUGCCUAUCGCACUGUGCGCCCGAGCGUGGAGGGCGAGAGAAGCAUUAGUCAAGGGUCUGCUGCACACAGAGCUUCAACACAGGAUGUACAUCUCGGAUCUGAUUCAGCGCAGGAUGGACGCCUUCGAUCGCAUGCACCUGGACGAGACAAAUAAAGCACGUACGCACGUAUGCAUGCUCUGGGCCUCACAAGCCAACACACUGCCCGCAGCCUUUUGGAGUCUGUACUAUACGCUGAGACAUCCAGAAGCUUUUGCUGCGGCUUAUAAAGAGAUUGAUCUGAUCUUCACCCAGUUACCAAAUGACAAACCAAUCAGCCUGUCCAAAGAGCAGUUGGAAUCCAUGAUUGUGCUUGAGAGUAUUAUCAGGGAAGCUCUACGGCUAUCAAGUGCUUCUAUUAUGAUCCGAGUCGCAAGUGAUGACUUCAUUCUGACCCUGGACUCAGGCCAAACGGCAGCUAUUAGGAAAGGAGAUUACAUUGCUCUCUACCCCCGACUAAUACACCUAGAUCCUGACAUCUUCCCGGACCCAUUGGAGUUCAAGUACAACCGAUUCUUGGAUGAGGAAGGUCAAAGGCGGAACCAGUUCUUCAAAAGUGGCCGACAGCUGAAGCACUACCUUGUGCCAUUUGGUUCCGGUGCCAGUGAGUGUCCGGGUCGUUUCUUCGCCAUGAAUGAGAUUAAGCAAUUUCUCAUGCUAGCACUCUGGCACUAUGACUUACAACUUAGUGAGCAUGGUGACACACUGUCACCAGACCGUACCCGCGCUGGCCUUGGCAUCCUGCCACCUGCACAUGAUGUACUGCUUAGAUAUAGAACAAGAGCAGACAGGUACACAGAGACCCAUAAUGUAACUGAUGGCUAAAAUGUUAGUUGAAAAACAAAGCAAACCAAAACAAUGGGAAAGAAUCUGAAAAGACCAGUUAUUUCUUGAUAUAUACUUACUUGCCUCUUUAUUAGGUACACUUUACUCUACACUAUGCUGAGUAUUAACAGACUUUACUUGUUUACUAAAGCAUAUCGAGUUUGAAAUGAAACAGAAAUGAAAUCCAUUAACUUUGCAUUCCAUUCCAUUUACUUUGCAACCUACACUUUAGAAAUAGAUAUAAAAGCAGUAUCUUCCCUGGUGAUGUUCUGCCAGGCUUGUAGCAACAGUCCCUGCUAUUCUUCGGGGCAUUUCCUCAUUCCUUUGAUUCAUGUUAAUCAUUCUCUCUUCAACUAUAGCUACCAAAAUAUGUUUGUUAGGUGCAACUAGAGUAGCUGUACUUAAGGAAGUGUGCAAUUAAUGUUUGUUUAAUAGUGUAUAAAUGUGGGGAUGCACUUGGAUGUUUUUUUCAGCUUUCAUAUGCAACAUUCUUUUUUCUCUUUUUAGAAAUGCCCUUUAUUGAUUGUGUAUAUAUUCUGUAGACUCAGUUUGCAAUACAAAUGAACACCAUGUGUGUUUGUGAGAUGGAAAAAUAAUUGCUUAGAGUCUGUAAAGGACUGGUUGGAUUUAAGCACUACAUAAUUUGUCUGUUGUGUGUCAAUUGUAAAUGUGAAAAAACAGAGAGCAUACUUAAUUCAGGGAUGCAGUAGUAUUACUUGUACUUCUAUUGUCAACUGCUUUUUCUUUUAUUAUUCAUUCAUUAUUCAUCAUUCAUUAUUAUUUCCACCAUGAGAACUAUUGAAUUUAUGUGUGAAAAUUGUAUUGAAUAUUGAUUAUGUCUGUGUGUAUUUGCAAUGAUCGCCAUGAUUUAAGUGGAUAUUUGUGUCAUAUUUCUUUUGCAAAUAAAUAAAUUUGAAUAUUUGA